GACCUAAGUGAAAAGGUCCGACCCACGUACGCAUGUGCGCAUUCUAGCCUUUUCUAUAAAACCUAGCACAAGAACCGGCGUAGGAUACCUAGCGCAAGGAAUCCAAUCGAAGAAGCUGACCUAAAACCCUCUCUGUCUCAUCCCUUAAAACCCCUCUUUCUUUCGCCCUGCCUCUCUCCCUGUCAAUGGCCACGUCUCUCCCCGCCGAUGCAGCCGGAAACGGCCCCUCCACAACGCCGGGAUCUGAUCCACCUUCAGCGGCGGCCACCACCACCGCCAACCCUGCCCCGGCCUCAGACAGCACGGCUGCAGCAUCCGACAAAUCUCAGUCGCAUCCGUCGUCGGCGGCCACGGAUUCGGCAGCCGCACCGGCCGCGGAGAAGAGAUGGCCGGGGUGGCCCGGCGACAGCGUGUUCCGCCUCAUCGUCCCUGUCCUCAAGGUCGGGAGCAUCAUUGGCCGCAAGGGCGAGCUCAUCAAGAAGAUGUGCGAGGAGACCCGGGCCCGCAUUCGCAUACUCGAAGGUGCCAUUGGCACCUCGGAUCGCAUCGUUUUGAUAUCUGGAAAAGAAGAACCAGAUGCAGAAAUAUCCCCUGCAAUGGAAGCUACACUAAGAGUAUUCAAACGUGUUAGUGGAUUGUCAGAGAGUGAAGGCAAUGGUACUGCAGUAGUUGGUACGAGCUCGAUCAGGUUAUUGGUGGCAUCAUCACAAGCCAUUAAUUUGAUUGGAAAGCAAGGCACACUAAUUAAGUCAAUUCAAGAGAGUACUGGUGCCUCAGUGCGUGUGCUGUCAGAAAAUGAGGUGCCAUUUUAUGCAACCUCAGAUGAAAGAAUUGUAGAGAUACAGGGAGAGUCUCUGAAGGUUCUCAAAGCGCUGCAAGCAGUUGUUGGACAUCUUCGGAAGUUUUUGGUUGAUCAUAGUGUCAUUCCUUUGUUUGAAAAGACGUACAGUUCGACAAUCACUCAAGAUCGUGCUGGAGAGGCCUGGGCUGAUAAAACACAGUCCUUAAUCCAUACAGCUUCACAGAGUGGUAUAACCAGUGAUUAUCCUCUUUCAUUUAAGAGGGAUUCGUUAUUUCUCGAUCGUGAAACUCCCCUGGACCCACAAAUUCAACCUGGUGGAUUGCCAUUGUAUGGACAAGACCCUGCCAUGUCUGGAUUACGUUCUUCAGGUCUUGGACGCACUGCUGCUGCGUUGGUUACUCAGGUUACACAGAUUAUGCAAAUCCCACUGACCUAUGCGGAAGAUAUCAUCGGCGUUGGAGGGGCAAAUAUUGCAUAUGUACGCCGUUCAAGUGGAGCAAUCCUCACUGUUCAGGAGAGCAGGGGCUUACCUGAUGAGAUCACAGUGGAGAUAAAGGGCACUUCGACACAGGUUCAGGUAGCUCAACAGCUUAUUCAGGAUUUUAUAGCUGCCCAUAAAGAACCCGUCCCCAGUAGCUAUGGCAAGAUUGACACCGGUAUGAGACCUUACUCAUCGUUGACAAAUUCCUCUUACCCAUCGUCAUCACUGGCAACACAGCAGCUUGGCGGAUAUGGGUCCUCUGGAGUAGGAGGAUAUGGCGGCUACAGGCUGUAAAUGGCAGUGUAAUGCUUUCCGAUUUCCAUGGCUUCCAACUACUCUCAAUACUCUAUUAGGUUGGUUUACCGGAAGAACAAUGCCAUGUGGUUUUGUAAAGUACUAAGAGACGGCUGCUUGGUUCUUUUCAUCCUUAACUAACGACAAUCUCAUCUGUGUCUUAAUGUGGCUCUCUCUCUGUCUCUCUCUCUCUCUCUCUCUCUCUCUCUCUUCUUGCGGAUUAGAAAGAUGUACUGGCCUAUGGGCCUUUUAGUUUUGUUUAAGGAUCUGUGAAAUUUAAUCACGAUGUUUUCUUGCCAUUGACCCUUC